AUGGCAUCCAAACCCUCAACAGCUGAAGAGUCGCCCUCGACGACAUUUAACAUCGUCGCGUCCUACAACUCGCUGAUUGAGAGCGAUCCAAACAUCACACCUCCAAUUGCAGCGAUCGAAUCACUCAUCAACCUUCUCGCGACCUCGCCCUUGACAACCAUCUCGGAAACCCUCGCACUACUGUCCAGCCACUCUCGAAGACUGCUCGAGUCACAACGCAACCCGAUUCCGCUCUCUGCUGGGACAGAGCUGUUUCAAAGGUACCUGAUCAGCUCCUUCCAGCAACGGCCGUCGUCGCUCGCGACAUCCGACUUCACCGCGUUACGCCAUCACAUAAUCGCCCAGUCGUCUCUGUUUGUGAAACGCGCCAAUGAAGCACGUCUCAAAAUCGCCCAUCAUGCCUUGCCAUUCAUCAAAGAAGACUCAACCAUCAUUACCUACGGAUACAGCCGGGUAGUUCACACCGUGCUAACUGCAGCUGCAGAGUCCAAGCGCUCUUUUAGCGUCGUCUAUGUGUUACCCCCAACAGGAGUAUCAUCGCGGCUCGCAGAGUCUAUCGCCUCGCUGCAGGACCUUUCUAUUCUUACCACCACAAUUCCACUGCACGCUUUGACAUAUGCGCUAGCGUCGCUGCCGCCCUCUCCGGCUUCACCACCACAGUUCCUCGUCGGCGCCACCGCGGUCUUGGAGAACGGAUCCAUCGUCACAGGGCUCGGCACACACCAAAUCGGACUUAUCGCACAGACUUAUGCCAUCCCCUUGCAUGUGUGCGUGGAAUCGUACAAGUUUGUGGGGAACUUCCCGCUCGGGUAUGGGCCGAGUGAUCUUCGAAGACUGGGGGUUGAACAAAAUGUGUUGCGCUUUGGCCUCGGCGGGACUACUGCGGCUCCUGAUUCCAACGCCGGAAGUCAGAAGAAAGAAGGGUUUCCAGGCUCCAGACCGCCGCCAAAUGAUGGAAAACCCGCUGCAGGGCAUGUGGACGAUUGGAUGGUCGAAAUCACGCCGCCGGGGUUGAUCUCGGCCCUCAUCACGGAAAACGGACUCAUGACCCCGAAUGCCGUCAGUGAGGAACUGAUCAAGUUGUGGUUCUGA